AUGACCGAAGUACAAUUGGAUAACGAAGUUGGCCUAUGCGACUUCUGCCGCUCAGUCGACUGGGCAGAAGUCACCACUAGCUUCUUCAACCCUCACAAAGCCGCUCUCGAAAAUGGGCAGCUGAAAAGUGGCGAGCAUAACCUCGGCGCAAUCCACACAGCAGCAGAAACCUGUGAGCUAUGCAAACUGAUUUCAAACGGCUCCCACAACUUAAAGCCCUGGUCGCCCGUCGCGGAAUUCCACGACCGCCCAGACAAUCUCACCUGCGCGUUCUGGAGCAGCCGGAGCCGUCUCGGGUCCUCUGUGCUAGCAACUAGAUUGUCACAGGCAGAUUCGCUGCUGGAUACGUUUUUUGCGGGUGAGAACCCGGGAUACUCUUCUACGAAUCUGGUUAUACAGAACUUUUUCGACUCGCUUGAGCGACGGGGUAUCUUUCUAGAUGCGGAUAAGGCGAGUGGUGAUGGCAAGAGGAGGAAUAAUAGCUUGAAUAGGUUGCUGUUGCAUCCGUGUUUGUAUCCGGUGCCGCGUGUGGAUGAUUAUGUGACGGGGGAGGAGCCGUUUUCGGUGUUUCCGUCGGGGAGGGUUGUGGAGUCGGAGGUUAAUGUUGGGUUGCUUAGGAAGUGGUAUGAGACAUGCCUUGAGAAGCACGGGGAGAAGUGUAGUCUGCCUCCUUGGAUUGCGCCGGAUACUUCGUGGCCUGAAAAACUCAGGUUGAUCGAUGUGCGACGCCACUGCUUAGUUGAGGUGUCAGAUCCGUGCCCCUAUUUCGCGCUCAGUUACGUAUGGGGCGACGAACGACGCGGCCCUUUCCAAACAAUCCUUUCGAAUGUUGAGGAAAUGAAAACACCAGGUUUUCUCGGGAGUCAACUCUUACCGAAGACUAUCGUAGAUGCGAUAGAGUUGACUAAGCAGAUGGGAGUAGAGUUCAUCUGGGUUGAUCGGCUAUGUAUUAUCCAGGAUUCCGAAGCUGAUAAAGUCGUCCAAAUCCCUCAGAUGGACCUCGUCUACUCGAGGGCAGAAUUAACGGUUGUCGCAGCAUGUGGCACGGCAACUGAUGGGCUUCCUGGAAUCAACAGCACAACUCGUAAUAUUAACCAGCUUACGGCUCGUGUUGCUAAAGAUCUAGGCCUAACAGACGUCCUUAACCUCGACCAAGAGUACCAGGAUAGCCGAUGGAAGACACGGGGUUGGACAUUUCAAGAGGGUCUCUGCUCUCGCCGGACUCUCAUAAUCGCUUCCGAUCAAGUAUUCUGGAGCUGCGAGACUUCCAAAUGCUGCGAGACCAUCGCCUUCGAAGCCUUUCCUACCGCCGUCGCCUCUAACGACAUCAUCUUUUCAGUACUAUCCGGUCACAAAAUCUUCGGAGAAUUUGGGGGUGGUAAUAAUUUCGCGUACAGCGAGCUAAGCUCGAUGAUUCAGGGAUACUGUAAUAGAAAGCUUACCGUACAAGCAGAUGUCCUGGACGCGUUUUCAGGGGUACUGAGGAGGGUCGGGGUUAAUACGGGACACGAGUUUUACUGGGGUCAUUCUGUCUCGACGAGAUUUGAUGAGGGCUUGGCUUGGAACAAUAUCGUCUGGUAUCGGGAUCGCAAGUGGAAGUCGCAUGAGCUUCCAGAGCGACGACGGGAAUUACAUCGUGUGAUAUCGAGUGAUGGGACGGUUCAUAGGGUUGUGCUGGAGCCGGAAUUAAAUAUUAUGAAGCUUAGUAUGGGGGGUAAAGCUGCUCCAUUACGUUCACUAUCAAACGAAAAAACAUUUGAGUCUGCGUCGAAGAUCGACAUGUGCGGUAUCGACAACACGACUUCAGCGGGAUGGAAGGGGAACACGACGAUUGACCCUAGCUUACUACACCAGGACACCGAAGACGGAGAUUUCAUGGAUUCCGGACGUCUUCUCUUUUGGACGAGCCACGCGGUACUAGUUUUGGAAGAGAACAAGAUAUAUAACGAUAAGAAAGAGGAGGUUGGCGAACUGAACCCCUUUCUGCCACACCAAGCACCCAAGCUAUCGGGAAAACAUUCGUUUAUUGUAGUAUCGCGAAAGCACAACGAUAACAGUCUCAAGAUUCUUAAGGCAGAGAGGAAACUCAAUGUCUUAGUCGUAGAGUGGGAUGACCCUGUUAGGCGUGUUGCUUCGCGGGUUAGUACGGGUGAAAUUAAUGAAGAGGCUUGGGUUGGGCUUGCGGAGGAACGAGAAUGGAUAUUGGUGACGCUGGCAUAG